UGUGUUUUAUUUUUGAUGUCCUUUGCUGCCUUCACGCCCCGCUCGGAAAGGGCAAAGCGAACGCUCCCACAAUGCACCGCGGCCCAGCUAACGGCUAACUGUCAGAGUGAGUAUCCCACUCUCCGUGCUUUUGUCCGACACAUGAGGGACGUGGCGGGGACAAUUCCACUCGCCCAGCUCAUCUCCGCCGACAUGAUGUGCAACACAACCAACCGGAGUUUCCGAAUGCAGCUGGCGGCCAUAAUGGAGAAGCUGACCAAGACGGCCUUGGUGGAGAUCGGAAACCUGGCGGACGAAUGCUCCUCCGUCCUCCUGGGCGAGAUCUCCCUGCACAAAAGCGAGAACGAGGCCCUGAAGAGGAGGUGUUACUCCCUGGAGGUGCAGCUGAGGGCCGCCCGGGAGGCGCACUACUACCCCGCACACGUCAACAGCGUCAGUCGGAGGAUUCCAGAAAGUCAAGAGGCUCAUAAAUCUGCAGACCAACAGCAUCAGCAGGACGCCCCGUCCAUCGAUGGCGUCUUCGGGAAGGACUGGUGCAUGGACCUGUGGCGAGACGACAAAAGAGUCACCCCUCAGAGGAAAGAGCCGGUGGAGCCUGUCGCCAUGUCCAGCAUGGCACCAGAGGUGUUGGAUAUCAUAGACAGAGAACCCGAUCUCAUCUUCGUCAAGGAGGAAAUUUAUGACGAUCAUCCACUCGGGCAGCAGAUGAGGGUGACGGAGAGCAGGAAAGAUGUGGGGAUGGUGGAGGCCCAAAGUUCUCUCCACCGAUCCGUGAGCGAGCUGCAGCUUCAUUCGGAGGAUUUGUCCACCUUCCCCUUGAUGGUGGACGCACAAGCGCAGCGCUCGCAGCCCAGCAUUAUGGACAAGCUGAUCGAGGACGCGGCGAUGAGCACGAUGCUGGACAACACAAACCCUCCCGCCACCACCAGCGACUACGUCGACUACACAAACAGCGCCGUCGUCGCUGCCAAAGAUCUCAUCAGCUUUCCACUAAAACCCACAAGACCACUGAAGCACUUCCAGUGUCUUUUCUGCGGUAAAGUCUUCAACUACCUAAGCAGCCUAAAAGUCCACAUCAGGCGCCACUCGGGCGAAAAACCUUUCAGCUGCACGGUCUGCGGCAAGUGCUUCGCCCAGAAGACGUACCUGAAGCUUCACCAGCGCGUCCACUCCGGAGAGAAACCCUACAGUUGUCUCAGCUGCGGCAGAAGUUUCUCCCAGAAAAGCUCGCUGAACAUUCAUUUUCGGACGCACACGGGAGAGAAGCCGUACAGCUGCGUGGACUGCGGGAAAUGUUACGCCUACAAGUACGGUUUGAACCACCAUCAGUGUUUCACCCACGUCGACACCAACACCACCUAGACUGCAGCAGAUGUUCUUCCAUGGGCUCUCCCGAGGAGUGUUAAGGCCACACUGAAAAAAUAAAUACAUACAAUUACACGAAUAAAGCCGCAAUUUGACAAAGAGGAAGGAAGUAUAUUAGUAAGAAUAAAUUCAAACUGUAAAUAAAAUAAUGUAAGAAAAAAAUUGACUGGGGAAAAACGUGUAAUUCCAAUGAGAAAAAAAGUGGUAAUAGAUUUAUUUCCUCAGAAUUAAAAACAAUUUUACUAUAACUACAUUGUAAAAAUAUGUUAUAAUGUCAUACAAAAAUAAUAAAGUUGUAAUGUUACCAGAAAAACUCAUUACAAUUUUUUUUUUUACAAAUUAAGAAUGUUUAAAAAAUAAUGAGAAUUAAGAACUAAGUUGUAUACAAAUGUGAAAAAACAUGAAAAAAGUGAUAAUUUUAACAUGGAUUAUAACUUGAGUUUAUUUUAAAAGAACGAACACAAGUUUGCAAUAAUAGUUAUAUUACAACAAACAAUUUAAGAAGUCGGGAUAUUACUGCUGCGAUGAGGUGGCGACUUGUCCAGGGUGUACCCCGCCUCCCGCCCGAUUGUAGCUGAGAUAGGCUCCAGCGCCCCCGCGACCCCGAAGGGAAUAAGCGGUAGAAAAUGGAUGGAUGGAUGGGAUAUUACUGGAUUAAAAAUACAAAAAAUACAUUUCUGCAAAAGCCAAACACGUAAAUGUUCUGAGAUAAAAAUUGACUGGGGAAAAAUGUGUAAUUCCAAUGAGAAAAAAAGUGGUAAUAGAUUUAUUUCCUCAGAAUUAAAAACAAUUUUACUAUAACUACAUUGUAAAAAUAUGUUAAAAUGUCAUACAAAAAGAAUAAAGUUGUAAUGUUACCAGAAAAACUCGUUACAAUUUUUUUUUUUACAAAUUAAGAAUGUUUAAAAAAUAAUGACAAUCAAGAACUAAGUUGUAUACAAAUUUGAAAAAACAUGAAAAAAGUGAUACUUUUAACAUGGAUUAUAACUUCAGUUUAUUUUAAAAGAACGAAAACAAGUUUGCAAUAAUAGUUAUAUUACAACAAACAAUUUAAGAAGUCGGGAUAUUACUGGAUUAAAAAUAAUACAAAAAAUAAAUUUUUGCAAAAGCCAAACACGCGUAAAUGUACUGCGAAAAAAAUUGACUGGGGAAAAACGUGUAAUUCCAAUGAGAAAAAAGUGGUAAUAGAUUUAUUUCAAUUUUAAUAUAACUACAUUGUAAAAAUAUGUUAAAAUGUCAUACAAAAAUACUAAAGUUGUAAUGUUACCAGAAAAACCCAUUACAAUUUAUUUUUAUUUUUUUUACAAAUUAAGAAUGUUUAAAAACUAAUGAGAAUUAAGUUGUUUGAAAAUUUGAAAAAACAUGAAAAAAGUUGAUAAUUACAGUAAAUUACAUGGAUUAUAACUUGAGUUUAUUUUAAAAGAACAAAAACAAGUUUGCAAGAAUAGUUAUAUUACAACAAACAAUUGAAGUAGUCGGGGUAUUACUGGAUUAAAAAUAAUACAAAAAAUAAAUUUCUGCAAAAGCCAAACACGCGUAAAUGUACUGAGAAAAAAAUUGACUGGGGAAAAACGUGUAAUUCCAAUGAGAAAAAAAGUGGUAAUAGAUUUAUUUCCUCAGAAUUAAAAACAAUUUUACUAUAACUACAUUGUAAAAAUAUGUUAAAAUGUCAUACAAAAAGAAUAAAGUUGUAAUGUUACCAGAAAAACUCAUUACAAUUUUUUUUUUUUUACAAAUUAAGAAUGUUUAAAAAUAAUUAGAAUUAAGAAUUAAGUUUUAUACAAAUUUGAAAAAAACAUGAAAAAAGUGAUACUUUUAACAUGGAUUAUAACUUGAGUUUAUUUUAAAAGAACAAAAACAAGUUUGCAAGAAUAGUUAUAUUACAACAAACAAUUGAAGAAGUCGGGAUAUUACUGGAUUAAAAAUACAAAAAAUAUUUUUUUUCAAAAGCCAAACACACGUAAAUGUACUUAGAAAAAAAUGGACUGGGGAAAAACGUGUAAUUCCAAUGAGAAAAAAAGUGGUAAUAGAUUUAUUUCCUCAGAAUUAAAAACAAUUUGACUAUAACUACAUUGUAAAACUAUGUUUAAAAAAUAUCAUACAAAAAGAAUAAAGUUUUAAUGUUACCAGAAAAACAACUCAUUUUAUUUAAUUUUUUUUUUUGUUACAAAUUAAGAAUGUUUAAAAAAUAAUGAGGAUUAAGUUGUAUGAAAAUUUGAAAAAACAUGAAAAUAGUGAUCAUUUACAGUAAAUUACAUGGAUUAUAACUUGAGUUUGUUUUAAAAGAACGAAAGCAAGUUUGCAAGAAUAGUUAUAUUACAACAAACAAUUGAAGAAGUCGGGAUAUUACUGGAUUAAAAAUAAUACAGAAAAAUACAUUUUUGCAAAAGCCAAACACACGUAAAUGUACUGAGAAAAAAAUUGACUGGGGAAAAUUGUGUAAUUCCAAUGAGAAAAAAAGUGGUAAUAGAUUUAUUUCCUCAGAAUUAGAAACAAUUUUACUAUAACUACAUUGUAAAAAUGUUAAAAUGUCAUACAAAAAGAAUAAAGUUGUAAUGCUACCAGAAAAACUCAUAUAUAUAUAUAUAUUUUUUCACAAAUUAAAAAUGUUUAAAAAAUAAUGAGAAUUAAUGUUGUAUGAAAAUUUGAAAAAACCUGAAAAUAGUGAUCAUUUCCAGUAAAUUACACGGAUUAUAACUUGAGUUUGUUUUAAAAGAACGAAAACAAGUUUGCAAGAAUAGUUAUAUUACAACAAACAAUUUAAGAGGUCGGGAUAUUACUGGAUUAAAAAUAAUACAAAAAAUAAAUUUUUGCAAAAGCCAAACACACGUAAAAGUACUGAGAAAAAAAUUGACUGGGGAAAAAUGUGUAAUUCCAAUGACAAAAAAGUGGUAAUAGAUUUAUUUCCUCAAAAUUAAAAACAAUUUGACCAUAACUACAUUGUAAAUAUGUUAAAAAAUAUAUCAUACAAAAAGAAUAAAGUUUUUAUGUUACCAGAAAAACAACUAAUUUUUUUUUAAUUUUUUUUUUUACAAAUUAAGAAUGUUUAAAAAAUAAUGAGAAUUAAGAAUUAAGUUGUAUGAAAAUUUGAAAAAACAUGAAAGUAGUAAUCAUUUACAGUAAAUUACAUGGAUUAUAACUUGAGUUUACUUUAAAAGAACGAAAACAAGUUUGCAAGAAUAGUUAUGUUACAACAAACAAUUUAAGAAGUCGGGAUAUUACUGGAUAAAAAUAAUACAAAAAAGAAAUUUUUGCAAAAGCCAAACACGUAAAUGUACUGAGAAAAAAAACCAUAUAUAUAUAAAGUCACUAAAGACGAUCAAUAACAUGUUUCAAUAAUUAUAAUAGGAGAGAAAAGACAAAUAUACAAAGUUCCCUAGAAUUUGUGAGAAAACAAAAAAGUGAAAAUCCCUGUUCAAAUAAUUUUCCUAAAAUAUAAUAUUCUGCAAUCUAACAUGUUUUCCCAAUUUUCAGUGUCACCUUAACACUCAUGAAUUGAAGGGGGAAAUUAAUCUGUAAAGCUGCAAAAGUCAGACAAGUGGAGCACAUUUUUGUUUUUGCUUAAUUUUAUUGUGGUUAAAUGAUUAUUAGCCCCAACAGGCCUUUACAAUGAAAGCUGUUCUCUUUCACCCUAAUAGUGUUGUGUGUGAGUGCGUGUUCACAACACAGUUCGUAGGUCUAUUUGGAACAAUAGGUAUGUUUAUCACAGCAUUUCACAUAUCUGAAAAUGUGCUGAAUCCAGAUGCGGGGUACAUUGGGGUGGUCAUCUACAUGGCACUUACCGUAAUGUGAAUACCUCAUUGAACCGCUGACCUCAUCCGCAUGGCAUGUUACUUGCUGUACGUCCUUUUAAAUACCUCCUUCAAGGCCAUCGAAGGUCUAAUAAAAGCUACAAUAAGAUUGUUACUGAAACUACCUCGUCACUUUUUUUUUUUUUUUACAAUACACUGUGUUCUUUAUAUUUGUGUAUGUUUUAAAGGCACGCUUCACAUUGUUUACUUCCUUGUCUAAUGGUGCAAUUUAUUCCCUGCGCGGAAUAUCUUGUCAAUAUUUGAACAAUGGUCAAAAUGGGAUUUAAAAAUGUCAUUGAGAGAUUUUUCUUUUAGAUUGAUCACCGUAGACCACACAAACUGCCUUGUCAUCAACACAUUGCCUGAGUUUUGUUACAUUUCUUAACUAGCUUGUUGUAUUUUACAUACGAGAAUAGAGCCCCUUGUCUUCCUGCUGCCCCGCCCACGCUUGCAUGUUUAACUCUAACCCCCCCUAGUCACUACAUUUUCAUUGUGUGAUGUUACAAUUUGUGCAACCGUUUGAUGCAUUCUUCAUUCAAAACGAAGCACACUUGUAUUUUUGAGGGAUGCUUUAUUUAAUAAAUAUUUUACCUCCUGAA